ACUAAAUACUCUCCAACCAUAUUAUCAUUUCCCUCGUCUUACUCUUUCCUAAUUCCCUAUAGCAUUUCUCUGCUUCUCCAGUUCGUUUCCAAACAAAGAUGGAAAUGCCAGCGGUAAUUUUACCCAACCCACAUUUGUUGCAGAGUGACCACCUGUUCAAGUACAUAUUGGAGACGAGCGUGCACCCGAGAGAGCCACAAGUUCUCAAGGAGCUCAGGGAUACUACCGACGCCACAGAUACCGGCCGGUCUUCAAUUGCUUUGGAUCCACACUCUGGGCAAUUUGUGGGUAUGCUGCUGAAGAUGCUGAAUCCAAAGAGAACCCUUGAGAUUGGGGUCUACACUGGCUACUCCCUUCUUACUACCGCUCUUUCUACUCCUCCUGAUGCCAAGGCAAGCCAACUUUGAUUUCUAUUUCGUAAACAAAUGAUUCUCAAUAACUCGAUCGAGCUGGUAAGAUAUCACUGAAAUGGGUAUAAAAAUUAAAAUACCCACCUCACCCGUUUGUCAUUACUAAUCUUAACCACUUUCUUACACGAUUUUUUCCCCAGAUCACGGCGAUAGAUCCGAAAGUGGAAUGGUACGAGGUGGGGCUGCCCUUCAUUAAAAAGGCAGGAGUCGAACACAAGAUUGACUUCAUCCACUCGAUAGCACUUCCCGUUCUUGAUGAUCUCCUCCUCCAAGGGGGAAAUGAAGGGAGCUUCGAUUUUGCGUUCAUCGACGCGGACAAGCGCAACUACGGCAACUACCACGAGCGGCUGAUGAAGCUGGUGAGGAUCGGCGGCGUGAUGGUCUACGACAACGUGCUGUGGGGAGGCACGGUGGCGAGCCCCGACGGCGACGGUGUCCCCGACCACAUGAAAAAGAACAUGGCGAUAGCGAUUGAGUUCAACAAGAAGAUCGCUGGCGACGACCGCGUCGAGAUCUGCGUCGCCCCAAUCGGUGACGGCCUCACCAUCUGUCGCCGGAUUUCUUGAUCAAUACUUCAUUGCUUGCUGAUGGAACCAUGUGUUCCUUUCCUUUGUGUUGUCGCCGGAGAAUAAAAAAAAAAUUGAUAUGAUAUGCUCUUUCAUUAUAUCGCUGCUAAUAGCCUCUUUGUUUGUAGGCUCGUGAAUUAAGCUCAUGCUUGUUGCAAGUCCGGGCCAAGAUCAGGUGACUAAGGGUCCCCUUAGUCACUUGGCUAAGUCAAUCUCAGCCAUUACACCUCAUUAAAAUCUAAUGGCUAUAAUUGAUCCAAUUUAAUGAAUGACAUUAUAGUAAUUACAUUAUUAUUUAAUUUAUUAAUU